AUGGAGUGUGCAAUCUGCUCCCGGACCUUUGCCCGGCMGGAGCAUUUGCGUCGCCACGUGCAAGCGGUCCAUGGAACCGGGAGUGUGUCAUGCGAGUUCUGCGGCAAGCAGUUCAACCGUAAAGAUUCAUGCCAGCGCCAUCGAAUGACCGCCCAUCGGAGAGAACAGGAGGAAGUCUAUGAAUUGCCAGACGCUGGUCCCAGGCGUAGAACGCGCAGAGCGUGCAUAGCAUGUGCCCAAGCCCGGACAAAGUGUAGCGGUGGAGAGCGUUGUGGACGGUGUGAGAAGAGAGCUCUGGUUUGCCUCUAUCCUGGAAGCGAAGGACGACAGCGGAGGCAGGGUUCUCUUCCGACCAUAUCUACAAUUCCAUGUGAGAACGAGGUUGUGACAUCACAGCAUGUGGUACCAGCCGUGGAGGAUCAAUAUCCCGCCAUCAACACUCUUUUCCACGACAAUAUGGAUUACGCGUGGUCAGGUCACAUGAAUUGGCUACCUGUAUUGGACGGAACGGAUCUGCUCGAUGACUUUGCAGAGGCAACACAUUCUCCACGUAAUGCCUGGAAUCUCUCUUCCCAGCCAGCAUCAUAUCUGCGCUCUCCAACUGAGAUUCCGUUGACUCCGUCUUCGAGUCUUACGGCUAGUGCCAGUAGAAAUCGCCGAUCGGUAGAUUUCACAUACACGGAUGGCAAUGGCGCACGUGGUUCGCUCCAACAAGCACCUCCACGAACUCGUACUUGCUCAGCUGACCCUGUCGUCCUGUCCUCAUUCGAUCUAGAGUUUCCUGCUUCUACGCAAUUAACAGACAGCUUUAUCGUGACCGACCCUGGAUCGACCAACGGGCUUAGUGUAGCAAUCUACGACACGCUUGCAAGACAUUUCGACGUGCUAUGUUGCAGUCGGGCAUCGCUCUACGCCAAAAGAUUCACAUCCGCACGAUUCCCGGCUCAUUCAUACUGUUCGGGUUGUCUAGCAAAAUAUCAGGCUUCCUUCCAGGAGAACUUCAGUCUGAUCCAUUGCACCACAUGGGAUGAGCAAAACGUCCACUGGAUCUUGGUACUCGCGGCCAUCACUAUCGGCUCCUCUCAUGACCACAGUCAGCAAGGCCAUCAGAGCUACGUGGCAUUUACGGAGUUCCUACGACGAGCCAUACACAAUGCAUCAGAGAACGGGACCGAUUGCGAUCCGCUACCAUUCGCRCAAGCGUGUAUUCUCCUCGCCGUGGCUCGCUUCAACACACCGCACGAAUCGUCCUGCGAGAUGCCUAUGGCAGAAGCACACGCCGCUUGCGAUAGCUUUGAUCGACGGUAUCGUCCUCUACCUGUAAACGAUAUCGACCCAUCGCAAAUUGAUCUUCGAUGGCGAGCCUGGUUGGAAGAAGAGAGCCGAUGUCGAUUGAUGUGGUACAAAUGGCUCAUGCAGACUUUCCAUGCCCUUUUCCGGCUACAAGACAGCCCGAUAGCCUUGCCGCUUGAAGACUACCCUUUGCCAUCGGACGAUGCGAGAUGGGAGGCCAGGACUGCAAUCGAUUGGGUCAAGCUGACGGACUCAUCCUCGAGUCCAACGACAGCUACACGACCAGCAGGCGUUCGUUCGUUGCUGUUUUCUUUGUAUGCCAAAACAAAACUCCCAGAGCGUGACAGCGGCUUUGGAAAGACACUCCUCAUAUACUGCUUACUAGCACGAACAGAGGAAGUAGCCCGCUCAAUUCGAGAUCCGCUUCACUCUUGGAAACCUGGUCCUCCUACCGGAGCAGAGCAAUACGAAGCGCUCAGCGAAGAAGAUGAGCCGUCUACACAACAUCAAACUCAGCAAUGGCUACCUGCAAACUCCAAUUUUGCCUCGUGGCGUAACAGCGCCUGCGACUGCUUGGAUACUCUUCACUGGGCGGAGAAUGGAGACAUUGCUAUGGAAAAGGGGCUCGAAAAGCCAAAUGUGUUCCACCUUCAUCUCUCUCGAAUUCUACUUCUAUGUCCAUAUCGUGCUCUCAUUAGAGUAGGUCAGAGAUUGAGUUCCAUCGGGACAAUCAGGACCGAAGGUUGCCCUGUGGCAGACUUGGAUACAUUGGUACUCAAAUCGCUCACUCUCGAUGACCACAAAAUCAGGCUCUCUCUUGUCCACGCAGGAGCGAUUUUCUGGCAUUGUAGACGUUAUAGCCACGGGAUGUUUUACGAACCGUUUGGGAUCUUCCUCUCCGCCUUGCUCAUCGUCAUCUACGGCGUUUAUCUUCCGCAGCUUCGAAAUGCACUUUUGAGAAUCAAACUCUCGGUGGAGAAACAACGACAUCUCAAUGAUGGUAUGCAAGAAACGGGAUUUGUGGAGAGUGAGGAAGAUGAACUUAUGCCUGAUACGAUUCUUCUUGAUAGACCUUGUGAUGAUGAGAUUGUUCAGAGAUUCGUACGUAAAGGACAUGAUAUGAAUGUUAAAAUGUCUAGAGCUGGAGAUAUUUGUCUGCCGCAGGGUCAGAGAGUUGUUUUGGAGGAGGCGAUAAAGCUGCUUGAACGCUCGCAGUAUAUGCAUCUUGAUGAUUGUCGAGAGCAUGCUCGCAUGCUGAGACGAUGGAUGCAGAGGAUGUAG